CGAUACCGAUUUGUAUGCACUAAAAAUCAAUAAUUUUUCUAUGAACAUGACUAUUUUCGCGGGCCGCUCGAAAACUGACCAUAAAAUCGGGAACGAGCAAUUAAAUUUUGUAGCUCAGCUCUGUCAAGUAAAGAACAAAACACGGAAAAAUAACAGGGUGAUUUGUUUUUAAAUAAAAAUAUUAAAUGCGAGGGUUUGCAUGGUUGAAUACUAAGUUACACCAAAUUAGCACAUUUUUCCCCAACCGUUUGUUUUAACAACAGCUGUUCUCUUUACGAAAACAAAAGAAACAAACUACGAUUGCUAUUACUAUAGAAAUAUUAAAUCCAUUAAAUAUUACUAAUAUAAUUAGACAAUAGAACGACGGGAACAGUGGACGUGCCUAAUAGAAAGCUGUACGUUUGCUGCCAAAUUCAGUAUUUGCUUACAAAUCAACAACGCCACGUAUUUUUUUCUAUGAAUCCGUUAUAAUGGCUUCCGCUUUGGAGCAAUAUAUUAAUCACACUGUGUCGAUAAUCACUGCAGAUGGUCGGAAUUUCAUAGGAACAUUGAAAGGUUUUGAUCAGACUAUAAAUGUCAUUUUGGACGAAUCACAUGAACGUGUUUUUUCCACAACUACCGGCAUCGAGCAAAUAGUUCUGGGUCUGCAUAUCAUACGAGGUGAUAACAUUGCAGUAAUAGGACAAAUAGAUGAAACUAUUGAUUCCAGAUUGGAUUUUGCGAAUAUAAGAGGUGAACCUUUAGGCCCAGUAGUACAUUAGUUAUUUU